CUUCCGUGAACGACCGCGUCUUCACGCGACGGGCACCAACCCAGUACCGAGACAGCUGAGAUCUCCCCGCUUCGGCUACCUCUGCGGCCAUUGCUCGCGCAGUCGCUUCCCGUCGCCAGCUGAAGAGAGACGCUCCGUUCCGGCUCUCCGAGGAAGGCGUUUUCAUAGAGACAUUGUGUUUGCGUGCUUCGAGUGUUGUUUGUCGGCGUGUGGGGCGCCCUGAGAUCCCACUGCGUGGUUAAGGUAAUUGCGAAAGGGGGAAACGAGUCACGCCGCCACACGGGCUACGUCACGCCUGAGACAGAGUCUUCUCGCCGGGUCCGUGCCCCCUAGACACGGUGGCGCCCACUAAAAGCUUCACGCUAUGAGUGGUUCGACUUGGUGGUGCAACUGAAGGAGGAAGGUCCCUGUGAAGUUGUGAUAGUCUUAUCUCCACUGAUAAAAAUAAUCAGUUUUCAGAAAUGUGUGUGAUUCGCACCUUUCAUGGAUCUGCAUGUGAUUUAUUUCAACAAAUAAGAUUAAUUCUCAUGAUUCACGGGAACAGGUGACACUGAUAUUCGCAAAACUAAGCUAAUGGAUGGAGAACAGAAAUCUCAGCAAAAUAAACAUGGGCAAGCAAGUGAUGCCAACACCACGAUCGAUGGGGUGCCGCCCAUGGGUCAGACAUACGUUAACAGCACCACAAACGAUACGAUUGUCUUCAGAGAGUUCAGAGAGCAAGAAGAAACUUUCAGAGAGCCCGCCCGUUUGCUGGAAGAUCCAGGGGACGCAGAGAAGGAUUACUACGAGUGGCAGAACGGCCUUGCAGUCAUAAUAAACAAUGAGAAGUUCCUGGGCCGACACCCAAUCCGAACGGGCACCAACUGUGACGAGCGCACGCUGACGCAAGCGCUGGAGAAGUUCAACUUCACUGUUAAGGUUGUCAACGAUGGCACAGUGAGAGAAAUCAAGGAUGCCUUACAAACAAUUGGUAAAGAAACCAGUUAUAAUUAUGGCUGUGUUGUGGUAGCAGUGAUGACUCAUGGAGAUUAUGGGGAUAAAUUGCUGGCAUACGAUGGUGAUUAUCAGAAGGAAGAUUUGUGGGAGAUGUUGAACGGUAUGAGCUGCCCACAUCUGUUGGGGAAACCCAAAAUCGUGAUAAUUCAGGCUUGCCGCGGGAAGAAACCAUCCGCACCAACACCGAGGCUCCAAACUGACAGUCGUAUGAUGACGGUCAGCGAAAUAACUCUGCCAGUGGAAGCUGACAUUCUGACUUCCUACAGCACUUACGAAGGUAAAGUUUCCUAUCGUGAUUCUCAGAGAGGAUCGUGGUACAUCCAAACGCUGUGUUCCGAGAUCAUCCGACACGGCGACAGACUCGACUUUGUCAACCUGCUCACACGGGUGAACCGAAGAGUGGCAAGGGAAGAGGCCACAAACACACGCAGCGGGGCCAUCGAGAAGCAGAUGCCGGUGGUGCAGUCCACGCUCACGAAGCUGCUGUACCUGGCGGGCACCAGGCCGGGACUCGAAGAGCAGACGCUGAUGUCCACGGUGCAGGCCAACUCCGAGAAGCUGGACGCGCUGCUCGACAUUACCGAGAGGCGCACUGCCCCCUCGGCCGCGUCCGUAAAGCCCGGCAUGAGGUGGAGUGGUCUGAGGUGUCAAACUGCGGAGGCGAUAAACAACCCUCCUCCGGAGGGCAGCGUCGUCUUGAAGGUUGCCAAGCUCCUUCAGAGGUUCCUGAAGGACGAAACCGUGCUGCCGCGACUGGGGCCCGACGUCUCGGACCACGGAUCGCUCCUGCUGAGCCACGUCUAUUACUGGGAGUACAUGGAACCUGGCGAACGCUGUGCCACGUACGAUGCACUCUCUCGGUUCAUCACCACGCACGCUACCGCAUGGCGACAGUACAGAGAUUUUGAUGAAUUCCAUUUGGAGGACAAAAACACUAAAAAGGCAAAAAGAAGUUCAAAUCUUGUAAGAAAAGAUCAACCAGAAAAACAACAGACAACAAGCAAGAAACUUCCAAUGAAAAAACCUCUUCAAAAAUAAUUUUUUUCUUUCCUUUUUUCCAUUUUUUUUAACUAUGCUGAGAAUUUUAAUAGUAGUACUUUCAAUGUUUCAAUACAAUUAAUUAAUUAUUGUGUAUAUUUUGCCAAUGUACACAGUCAAACAUCAUAAAUACAGUUACUGGUAACUGAUGUUAUAAUUUUGGUAAGCACUUGUACCUGAUGUAAAAACAAAAGGAGCUAUUUUAACGAAUAACAUUUGUAUGAAUUUAAAAUAGUGCAUAAUUGUAAUAUCCUACACACAAUUAUACCGGUUAACAAAUACAAGUGUAGCAGGGGAAAAAAAAACAUAGUUUUAUGUGUGACUGUACACAUACUGUAUAUAGAGCUAAUAAAUUCAUAAAAUAACUACCAA